UUGCCCCGUUGCAGUUCCUCGUGACGUCGCGCCACUUUGCCCUGUGAUUGGCUAGCGGGCGUCAGCUGACGCAAGAUGGCGGCGGUGCUGGGCGGCCGGGUCGGCGGCCGCGUCCUUCCAAUGUCACGUGUUGUGUCACCUGGUUUCGCCUCAAAAGUGUCCAUUUUUAUUCAGAAACGGAAUAUUCAUCAUGCUGUUGUUCCUGCUGGUAAAGGUGGUCGAUCAUCUUUUAGUGGGAUUGUGGCUACGGUUUUUGGAGCAUCUGGAUUUCUUGGACGAUAUGUGGUCAACAGACUUGGGCGGAUUGGCUCUCAAGUAGUGAUCCCAUAUCGCUGUGAUCCAUAUGAUGUUAACCAUCUCAAACCCAUGGGUGAUCUUGGACAGCUGACUUUUCUGGAAUGGAAUCCCAGAGAUAAAGAUUCUACCAGGCGAGCUGUAGAAUGUUCCAAUGUUGUUGUUAACCUUGUUGGAAGGGAAUGGGAAACCCGUAACUUCAAAUUUGAGGAUGUACAUGUGAAAAUUCCACAAGAUAUUGCUCAUGCCUCAAAGGAAGCUGGAAUUGAAAAAUUAAUCCAUAUUUCUCAUCUAAAUGCUGACAUAAAGAGUAUUUCAAAGCUCCUAAGAACAAAGGCUGUUGGAGAAGGGGCUGUGAGAGAAGAGUUUCCGGAUUCCAUUAUCAUCAAACCAUCUGAAAUAUUUGGAAGAGAAGACAAAUUCCUAAAUUAUUUUUCACAUAUGCGGUGGUUUGGGCGUGCCACACCACUUAUUUCUAUGGGCAAGAAGACUGUGAAGCAGCCUGUAUAUGUAGUGGAUGUGGCUAAAGCAAUUGUAAGUGCUAUUAAAGACCCCGAUUCCAUUGGGAAAACAUAUGCUGUGGUUGGGCCCCAUCGAUACCUUCUUCAUGACCUUGUGGAAUAUGUAUAUGCUGUUAUGCAUAGACCGUUUAUUUCAUACCCAUUGCCAAGGCCUCUCUACCAUUUGGCAGCGAGGCUGUUUGAAAUAAGCCCAUUUGAUCAAUGGACAUCACGAGACAAAGUGGAUAGGUUGCACAUCACAGAUAUGAAGUACCCUGACCUUCCUGGCCUGGAGGACCUGGGAAUUGUCCCAACACCCAUCGAACUUAAAGCAAUAGAAGUUUUGCGGCGUCAUCGCAGGUACCGCUGGUUUGAUGCUGAGAUGGAGGAUGCAAAACCAGCCACACCUGUGAACUACUGAUGUUCCAGAAUCCCACCUACUGAUCUAGUAAUGUACAUAAGUUGAAAUGUUCAGUUUUAAAUAAAUAAAUAUUUAGAACUGUU